AUGGAAUGUUUGUUGUGUCAGCUGACUGAGCAGCAGCAGUCAGAACGAAAACGUUUUCUUGAGGAUUACGAGAGACGAUUGCAACAGUUUAAGGAAGAUGAAGCGAAGGUGAACAAUCAAGAUUUUUAUGUUUACUGCGUCAACAGUUGCUUGCCAAGUGUCGAAGGGAACGUCGAUUUCGUGGAGCACACUCAAUCAGAGGACACAGCCACUACGUCAACUGCAUGUGCAAAUUUUGAGUUACAGUCUACAACACAGGAAGACGAGAAAAUCAUGUCUCAGUCUACCUUACGAAUAGACCCUAAAUGGGAAACUCAUUUGAGACCCCAAUACAUGAAGGCGGCCGUGCUCUUAUCUCCAAGUCGGCAUCACCUUGCCUCUAGACUGUUUAGCAAACAUCUUCUCACUGCAUCCGAGGAGGAAGAGUUCAACAAAUUAUCUAAGUCCAAGUCAGAAGAAGAAGUGGCGAAGGAAAUUUUGGGUGUGCUGCGCAAGCAAAGCGUCGGAUCGUUUGACAAAUUUUGUGAAGUUCUCAGUGAUGUUGGAGAUUCUACUCUAGAUGAUGUGGUCAAACGACUUCGUCAAGACAGCAUUGACGACGUCAGGAAGAGUGCAACGUGUAGCAGGAAAGUUGGUGCAAGAAGCAAGAGAAGAGGUGAAAACCGUGUGACAUCAUUACAACAUCUACAUGCUGGUAGAAGAUGUAAGAGUGGGAACAGCAAGACAACUGCAUCACAUGACUUAGAAAGUGAAGAUGAUGAAGGAAUGUUGGCAUUAGACUCGACAUUACAUGAUCCAGCAGAUGCAGUAGAAACAUCAGGGGAAAGUGAAGAGCCACCAACCGUCAGUACUGAUGUAACUAGUGAGGCUGCUGUUGUGUGUGCACAUGCAUCAUCUUCACUCACAUCAGAAGACGAGUCGUGGCCUGCCAUUCGAAGGAAUCAUGCUUUUCUUUUCCAACAUCUUAUUUUCAGUCAAGAAUUUCUUCGUCAUCUUUAUGACCAACGUUUUAUAUCAAAAGAUGAGUUUGUGUCUCUUCGUCGCAGCUCUCUCACUCAGGAAGCAAAUAAACAUUGUCUUCUCUUUGAUAUUCUUCCCAGCAAGCCAAUGAGUAUGUUUCCAGCAUUCUGUAACAUUCUUCACAGUGUGGGUCAAUCAGAUGUUGCUGUAAAGCUGGAGGAGAAUGUUGUACAUGACAAUCGUUUGUUACAAGGGAGUAUUUGUGAAGAAAAUAGAAGCUUAGAAGAGGAAGAAGAGACAUUGACAGCUCAAGUGGCACGAAUAGAAAGAGAGAAAACAGCAGCAAUUAGACAAAUUGAAGAAGAAAGGAAACGAACCAAUGCUGAACAAUGGACAAAUUUGGCUCUUCGAAGUGACAAAGCACAACAUGAUGAUGACAGGAAGAUCAAUGACAGUCUGCCAUCAUGGACACAGUGGAAUGUACACAUGCCUCAUGACUGUUUGUAUUCAUAUAAUAGAAUGGGAGAGAUUGAAGGCAGACUAGUGGUAGGAGGUCAUGAUGGUAAUCUGCAUGUUCUCACUUAUGAACAUGAUAAGUGGGACAAGUUUGUCAGAAAGAAUGAUCACAUCAAGAAUGUAGUGUGUCAUCAAGGUGUGUGUUUGGUGUGUGUGGAGGAUGGAGAUAAACAUCAGUUUGUGAUUGAACAAUUUUAUUUGAAUGAAGACAAGAAAUGGCGUUUCCUCACAGUUCUACCAAACGAACUGCAGUUGUAUGGUGUAUCUGUUGCUCUUCAUGACAACUCACUGUAUGUGGUGGGUGGUAGGACUAAGUCAGGGGAGAAAGUGAACACAGCACGUGUGUGUGACCUUCACAGCGGUCAUUGGUAUAAGAUGGAUGACAUGCAAACAAAACGUAGUUCCUGUUCUUCUGUUAUUUUAAACAACACAGUGUUUGUAGGGGGAGGAUGGACUGGUGUGUUAAACUAUAGUAAUAUUGUUGAGUGUGCAGAUGUCCGUGAUAGAAAAUGGAGAACAAUCCCCUCUACAACCACAUAUAGACCUACUCUAACGUCAGUCAGUAACAGACUGGUGAGGACUGGAGGAUCAACACAACAGCGGACUUCUCCUUCUAAUAUUGUAGAAUUAUAUGAUGAGAGAUCUACCAAAUGGCUUCCUCUUCCACACAUGACACACAAACGGAUAGCACAUGCUGCAUUCUCAACUCGGAAUGGAGAACUCAUCACAGCAGGAGGGUGGGAUGAACAACCUAGAAAUUUAAUAUCAAUAGAAAGUCUGAAAUGUGACUAACAUUUCCAUUUUAUUCUGAUUUGUGUGUAUUUGUUAAAUUAUAAGUUUUAGUGACAAUUUGAUAUAAACUAGAUG